AUGACUCUGCUCAAGCUGUCCCUCAUGGCCUUCAGCAUCGUCUUCUGGGCGGCUGGGUUGACCAUGUUCAUCAUCGGCCUCUGGGCCAGAGUGUUUUUGGGGAGCUACCUGGAGCUGUCGGCCAACAGCAGCCCCAGUGCCCCUGCCAUCCUCUUGGCCACCGGCACCGUUGUCAUCAUUUGGGGCUUCUUGGGCUGCUUCGGUGCAGCCACGGAGCACCGCGGCCUCCUGCGUGCCUACAGCGCCUUCCUGACCACUGUGAUGGCAGCCGGGCUGGCAGCGGGGCUCUCGGCACUCAUCUACCGCCAGAACAUUGCACAGGGAUUCCAGGAAGGACUGCAGCAGGCCCUGCUCACCUAUGGGAAGGACGAAGGAAUGGCAGACGCCCUGGAUGCUUUGCAGCGCUCCUUGUCCUGCUGCGGCGUGCAGAGCUACCAGGACUGGCUCACCACACCCUGGGGGCUGGAGCAGAACGGCUCUGUGCCCUUCAGCUGCUGCCAGGCUCGCCAGGGCUGCCACCGCAGCCCGCCUGACACACGCGGGCUGCACCACGACGGUUGCUUCCCCAAGGUGUUGGCCUUCGUCAGCAGCAAUAUGUUCUAUAUUGCCUCGGCUGCCCUGGGGCUGGCGCUGCUGCAGCUCAUAGGCAUCGUGCUGGCCUGCCUGCUGGCUGCCCACAUCCCUGCCCAUCUGAUGGGCAUCGCCACCCUGCACUGAGAUCCCCCAGGUCCUGCCUCUUAUCCCCUCUGACUCCUCUCUUUCUCACAGACCUCGCAGUAUCCCACUGCGAAAAUCAUCUCUUCAUGUUCCCCACUUCCACCUGAGCUUCCUCCUCCAGACUCCAUUCCUCCACCGGAACCUGUGCCAGGUGCAUCCGUGCUACAAGCAUUUCAGUCCCUUGAGCUGAGCCCCACUACCCCCAUGGAGUCUCUGGACUGUUUCUGCAGGGAGAGGUGACAGCAUGGACAGACACCACUCCCUGGGGCAGCAGGGACUUGGGCUUGGGUCAAGGCGGACCAGUCUUCUGGGUGAUGCAGACAUCCCAAGGCACUGAAAUGGAGGCCAGGAAAGAGGGUAGGG